UGUUUGUGGAGGAAGAACCUUCAACUAAGCACUCUCUGAGAUGGGCAAAAAUUUAUCCAUGUAAAUCAUACGGUGCAGUAUUAAUACCAAUACAUGUGUAAAGGGUGGUUAACCUACAGCCGCCUGUACAAUAAAAAACGGAAGAAUAAAAAUCGAACUGAGUAAAGUCUCGUCGGCAUUCCACGAAAAAUCGUCCAUCAGACAGGUCCAGAAAACGUCAGAAAAAUGGUACGCGUGGCUGUAAUUGGUGCAGGAGCUGCGGGGUUAUGUGCGUUAAGGCACAUGAGAGCCAAACCCUCUGUUUUUCAACCGGUUGCGUUUGAAUUAGGAGAACGUGUUGGAGGAACGUGGGUAUAUACGGAUCGAACAGGAAUAGAUAAAAAUGGGCAGCCAAUCCAUUCCAGCAUGUAUCGCAAUCUCAAAACCAACCUACCGAAGGAAGUCAUGGCUUUUCCAGAUUUUCCUUUCGACUCCACCUUGCCGUCCUUUAUCAGUCACCUGGAGGUCAUGAAAUAUCUACAGAAGUACACUGAGCAUUUCAACUUGGAACCUUACAUAAAAUCAAAAACAUUGGUGGAAAGAUUGACCCCGAUACAGGAGAACGGCACAAACGACGUAACCUGGGAAUUGACUUAUCGUGAUGUCAACAACUCGCAAGAAAAAACAACUCAAAAAUUUGACGGAGUUGUAGUUUGCAGUGGACACUAUUCCGUACCAUUGAUGCCGAAGCUUCCAGGAAUGAAUAGUUUUGAAGGAGAACAGGUACACAGCCACGAUUACAGAGAUCCUUCAAGAUAUGCCAAUAAAACAGUUGUCUGUCUUGGUGCUGGAGCUUCUGGUGUGGAUAUUGCUAUAGAUAUUAGCUCAAAAGCCAAACAGGUUGUUUUGAGUCACAACAAACCAUUUCUUACUUCACCAAUUCCAGCGAACGUUUCUCAGAAGCCGGGUAUCCGGUCAUUGGAGAAAGAUAGCGUGAAUUUUCGGGAUGGUUCCAGUGUAAAGGCUGAUAUAGUGUUGUAUUGUACUGGAUAUCGCUUCGUAUAUCCAUUUCUUACUGAGGACUGCAAUUUGAACAUCGACGAAGACGAAAGAGUGACGCCCCUUUUCAAACAUCUCAUCCAUACGCAGUUUCCUAGCUUAUCAUUUAUUGGAUUAUGCAAAAUUAUUUGCCCGUUUCCUUCAUUCCACAUUCAAACACAGUUUGCGUUGUCGGUUUUGGACGGAUCCUUAAAGCUGCCGUCGCGGGAGGAAAUGGAUGCUGACACAGAAGAAGAUUUUAAAGCGAGAAUGUGUGAAGGUCUAGCUCGACGUCAUGCUCAUUUUAUGGGUCCACGUCAAUGGGACUAUUCAGACCAGCUGGCUAAAAUGGCUAAUGUAAGUCCAGUCUGGAAAAGCAUCCAAGAACUUUAUGACAUGAUUCACGAGACGAGGAUUAAAAAUCUCUUAGAUUACAAAAAGAUAAAUUAUGAACUUACAGGAUCGGAUUCCUUUAAGGUGAUUAACUGAAACAUUCACUUUGAUUCCAUUCCGAUAAGGAGCUGAGGUAUAAAUAUAAUAUUGUCACAUGAUUUUCAAACCAGCCAAUCAAUACACUUCAAUAAACAGAACCUACGAAAUUCGUCGUUUGAUUUAAAAUUGACGGCCCCAUACUAAGAUAUUUGGAUAAAGUAACUUACGGUUCCAUCUAUUUAUUGAUAAAGAGACAUGAUGAAGAGAAUUACCAGCAGAAUUCCAAUGAGUGACCGAUCAAGAAAGGUCAAAAAGUCUUUUUUUGUUUAUCCAGACUAUGCAUACAUGGACAUUUAUGAUUGGUUAAAACUCUUAAUUAUAUGCAAUAAGAACAUAAUGAUAUGGUUGCGAAUACAUAAUAAUUCAUUAGAUACAAAAAUUAAUCAAAUAGUUUGCUUAAUUUGACUCCU